AUGAGCAUAUAUCGCCCUUUAUCUGGUCUCCCCCGUAACUGCCGCACGGAAACUUUUUCUAAUUUCAAACGACUAUCCACGGUGAUAAAUUCGGUCUACGACGAGCUUGUUGAACAUCACGGAGAAGGAAAUCAGUGGAUCGUUGUUUUGGGGCUAUCACGCAAUGCAAUCCAGCGACUGGGAGAUGAAAGGUCGCGCGAUGGGAUUUCCUUCAGGUUCGAGCAUGAUGGCAGCACUGGGAUUAUCAAAGUCCCCGGUCCUGGACAUGAAAUCACGACGGAUCGUGUGAAGACAAAGAUUAGCUUUCUCAUGUUGCGCAUGGGGAUUGAGGACCAAUACUGGGUGGUUGCAACGAGGUACCAAGGCACUGGAGGUAGUAAAAGUAAGGAAGGCGACCAGGGAUUCUUGCCACCUACUCGGCAACCUGUAGGGACAUUGGCAACCGGCGUCUGUCCCUUCCCAACUCUGGUCAUUGAAACUGGGGUAUCCGAAUCACUUCCCAAGCUUCGGGAAGACGUCCUCUGGUGGUUCAACCAUUCAAGAGGGGAUGUGCGUAUCGUUCUUGUUCUUUGUAUCCGGAAACGUGCGCAGCAGCCAGUCAUGCUGAUCGAGAAGUGGCAGUUGGCCCCCCCGACGACUCCGAGGCCACUUACAAGGAGGGCUCUUCAACAGCUCCAACAGCAGGUGCCAUAUCCCAUGCCACCCGAAGUUCAGCAGCAGCCCAGCAGUCAAUCUGCGUACUGUGCCCAGUCUAUCGAAAUUACGCCCCAGGCCGUUACCGGUCCAUCACUCAUUCUUCCCUUUCUCGCGGUUUUCGGUCGCCCGCCAGUCGCGCCAGAAGCCGACUUGAUAUUGACUACCGCAAUGCUUGCGUCGUGUAUCCAGCACCUUUGA